CGCCUCUACCGACAACAGUGAAGGCACAAAAUGAGCCAGACUUCGAUCGAUUCAGACUUCUUGUUAAACUCGAACAUGGACCUGAACGUGGCCGUGAACGGGCUGGAUGACACACUGCCUCUACUGGACAUCGACGCCAUUGACGGUGUCAUGCUGGACCCGUCAGUGGAUGAUGUGGACCUGAGCUUCCUCUCGGGUCUGCUGCGUGAGAAUGAACCCGUGCCGGAGCCUGCGUCGCCCCUAUCGACGUCCUCAGAGCUGGCGGUCUCGUCUCCAAGCGCAAAGAGCGACACCAGCGACGACGAUUCAACACACUUUUUGGAGCCCGCGGCGGUGGUGGAGGAGUCAAAGCCUGCUAUGGGACCCAAGAAAGUGGAGGAGCGCAAGGCCAAACGGAGAGCUCAGGUGGCCAUCAGCGCGCGGCGCCACCGUUCCCGCAAGAAAAACGAGAUGAUCAGCCUGAAAAAAGAAGCUGACUACCUUAACUACCAGCUGGACUUCCUGCGUUCCAAGCACAAGUUGAUGCGUGCUGAUGGUGCAGUUGCCGAGUGGGAAGAGAAGACUAUUGCCCAACGCCACAAGCGUCGCCAAGCAGAGGAACUGAACGCUCAGUUGCGGUACGCAUUAUUCCAGCAGAGCGGCUACGUACGCAAUCUGAAGGCCAUGUUCGCGCUCGGAUCUCCGAACACCAUGGAACUCAACAUGCGGCGCUUCCUGCAUACCUACACUCAUCUGCGCAAAGACCCGCAGUCUCGUGCGCGUGACCUCGCUUCAGUAUGCACAGAUGCCAAGCUGGAGCUGGGCAUGCAAACAGUUCUUCGCGAGACGGAGGGUAUCCCGGUCCUGCGUCCGCACAUUAGCACUCGUCAGAUCAGCACGAGCUCAACCGAGUUUGGUGCGUCCACAGUGGCGGUCUACGCGUUCGACACGAUGAACACGGUUCAGAUUUUCCUUGCUGCGUGCGUGGCCAUUUUGGGUUGCGGCACUGAGUGGCCCAAGUACACGCAGCUGGACUCGUACGGCAAGGUUGUUGACGCACCUUCGGACAGUAUUCGGUACGGAGUCUCGGGUUGCCGCUAUCGCAGCGAUGAUGGCCAGGACGAAGUGGCCGUCGAGAGUCGAGGACUGUCGUAUUUCAAGAUCAUGGAUCAGUGUGCAGUACUGCUCUGGGACUAUGUCGACGAUGACGACGCGUACCCGAUGAGCAAGAACACUCUGGUCAAGCGCGACAUCAUUGGAACUGUGGUUGUUCGUCCUGAGAUCUGCGAAGAUGGUAUCAAGCGCGUGGUCUGCCGCAGCAUUUGCACGAAGGUGCACUCGGCCAACAUGACGCAGUUGACUCCUGACAUUCGCAGAUUCUCUGAAUCCAAGAAGAUGGGUGCGCAGAUUUGCGGCUCCAUGGUGUACCAGACCAUCGUGGGUCGCUGCCCCGACGCCCGACCCAUUUCGGCGUAAGAAGUCGUCAUGAAGUCGUGGGAUUCUUGUUUUUCUUUUAUUUGAUUAUUUAGCCAAUGCAUUUCAUGCGUGGUCGAGGAGGAUAGAACUCCUUCGUAACGACAACAAAAUUUGCUUUGUUUGCUUGUAAGUGCCGUGAGGAGCUAGCCUGUUUGGAUGUCAAGCGUCCAGUACACCAGCAGACUGAUUAACUUCAUGCGUAACGUCCUGCCAUCUUGAGCGUGUGGCCACGUGUUGUGUCGACAGGGCUUUCACUUUGUCUAGUACAGUACCAUACCAUAGCUCUCUGAAGCUAACUUCCUGAUCACAGAUUCAAAUGUGAGAAAUCAAAUUCUAGAAAGCGAGAUCAACUAAGCAUUGAUUCAGAUUUCUCAUAUUUCCCUAACC